UUCCCCGCGCAGACCCCGUAAUGUGAUAACAACUGCCUGUGAUUUGUGUGAAAUAGAAACCCAAAUCUAGAAGCCAGACCUGUGUAAUUCCAUGACUAGCUAAGGUCAAUGUCAGUGUUUUGAUAUGCGAAACAACGGAAGUCCGUGCAUACUGUACCUUAUAAGCUAGCUACACGUCAAAAGGAGCCUGGGGCCGUUUGAUUUACAACGGUGCAUGAACGUAGUGGGGCGGGGAGAUCGUGCAGUGAUGCUUCCAACGAUAGAACUAUUGUCCGGUUCAAUUGGCUCUCCACGGUGCUCAUCAUCAACCGCCAAGAAUGUUUGCUCUUUUCAGAAAAAAAUCCGAACUGGAGGACUCCCGAUAUAUGAAUCGAGGGAAUUCUGUCGCCAUCAUACAGCUAUUCCAUGCUGUGGAGUUUCCCCUCUGAUGUUCUAAGUUGCGGAGUCUCCCCUCUGAAUCUGUAUCAUGUUCUUACGCGGGAGACACCUCCGACUUGUUAUGGUUCUCAUCACGGGACUGUGCUCAGCUGUAGUCAUCUUUCUGUUCAUUCAGGCGAACAUCAACAUUUCUAAAUCUCAUGAAGAUAUCCGCCGCAUACCAGUCCAUCCUCCAGAAGGAGCUUCGGGUGGUCGAGUUCCUCUACAAAGUCAGCCAAUCCGAACAGGUCAUCCUAGCAACGAUGACUUUAUGCAACGACAAGCAGCCAUCCAAAUGCAACGUCUGCACCAACUACAAGCUGGUUGCAAGAUGGCCUUAGGAGACGCGGAUGUCAAUCGCACAAUCCGUAGAAGAGCUCUCAGCCAUUUUAUAGUCGACGAUAAAUAUCGUCUGGUCUACUGCCACGUCCCGAAGGUAGCUAGUACGAGUUGGAUCAGAGUCUUCCUGGUACUAAAGGGAAUCAUGGACGACACAUCCAUCGGGAACCAGACCUUCAUACAAAGAGGCGCAAUGAGCAGACUACGACUUCUACACACCUAUGACGGUCAAGAUACGCAAUACAUCUUGGCCAAUUACACCAAGUUUCUAUUCGUUAGGAACCCGUUCUCCAGGCUACUCUCAGCUUUUAAAAAUAAACUUGCCGUCAAUCCUGAAAAUGACGGUCGAAUCCCUUGGUAUGCGUGGAUUCGAUAUGUGAAAGAGUACAUCAACAAAUCAACGGCUGGAGACAAAGACCAAGGGGAGAACUACAACAUAUCCUUCUCAGAUUUUGUGAAGUUUGUUGGUGAUCCCAAAACGAAGUCAUCAAACCAACACUGGAAUCCCAUUCUACACAGGUGUUUCCCAUGUCACAUCAACUACACGUUCAUAGGGAAAAUUGAGUCACUGCAAACUGACGUCGACUACCUAUUCAAACUUGCUGAAAUAGAAAAACUUGUGACGUUUCCUAGCAACGAGGGAAGCAGCCCAACGAACAGCACCAACGAAAUGGCACUUUACUAUCAAGAUAUACCAAAACUAGAUAUAAAUAACAUUUACCGGAAAUUUAAAAGAGAUUUUAAUUUCUUUGGGUAUGAUAAUUUACACGAUAGCUAGCCCAAGAAGACAAUAGUGGACGGCACAAGUUGACUUUAACGACAAUAAAGAUCUUUAAGUAGGGCGCCCUAGGAUGGUCCCGUCUUUAUCCGCUACGAAAAAAGACAUGCACUGGUGGUAUUACAUGCCCAACUAUUCAAUUUGAUACAAUGAUUUCAUUGGAUAACCGUGCAGUGACGUAAGCUUUCCACAUCUGCCAGUAUCCAGUCAGGCUGGUAUCUGACGUAUCCUCACGAGUCUCGAUUGCUGGCCUCGAAGAGUGACGUCAGAUGUUCAGGCUAAAAAGAACCUUUGAUCCAUUUUAAGACUACUUUACAAGCAAACUCUCUUUUGUUCACCUACAUCAAUACAUUUAUUAAAGCAGUCUUAGACAGCCUGGUCAUGGCAAACUUUGUUUCAAUGGCCAACCCAAAUAAGACUCAACUGCUGCGCACCCAGACCGCCGUACAUACAGAGAUAGAUGUGAAAAAUAAUAGUGUCAUACCCAUGAACAAGUUGAACAAAAUAGGAAAGUACUAGUCCUUUACGCAGGUGAAGUUUUAGUUCAAAUUAGUUCGUUUAAUGAAAGCUCAACAACAAAACCGUAAUAUUUGUUUACUAUUUAUUUGAACACAUCAAACAGGCAAGGUGAUGUUAAUACGUGUUAUUUGCAGCAAUGUCCGUUGUUCUUUUGUGCGUGUCUGCCGUCGGGCGACUGUUGCACUUUAAUGACAGUAAACAAGAACACCAACGAUCUGUUUAAAAUAAAAUCUUGCUAUGAAACCUUUUUUGGCAUGUUCAGUAUAAGCAUUACAGGAAUCAACCAUACCCUUUACUUUGCGAGUUUUCUCGGCCAAAUUGUUAACAACUCAACUUUUACCGUCCCUUUUAUGAUCUGUCGCAUCCCUCCAUCCUGCAAAUCUAGACUGUUUUUUUUUUUAAGAAAUCCUACCUUCAGCUUCCCUGAGUUAUUUUCAACUUAAAUGUUUUCUUCUUGUACCAAGAGUGGUUUCUAGCUUUGUCGUAAGGGGGGGG